UACCUUAAAAUUUCGUGUGUGCACACAAUCGAAAAGUUAUACUACCAUAUACAAGUGUGUUUAAAAAAAGUGAAAAAAUAAAAUAAACAAAUACAAAAUGUCGGAUACCGCUGUUGUUGAAAAUACUGCCUCUCCUGUUGCUGCCGCUCCAGCUGCUGAGAAAAAGGCUAAAAAAACUACUACUCCCAAGGCAAAGAAACCAUCUACUGUGCCAUCUCAUCCUCCAACUCAACAAAUGGUUGAUGCUGCUAUUAAAACUUUAAAGGAACGUGGUGGUUCAUCUCUUUCUGCUAUUAAAAAAUAUAUUGCCAGUACUUAUAAGGUAGAUGCUCAAAAAUUAUCGCCUUUCAUAAAGAAAUAUUUGAAAAGUGCCGUUGAUAGUGGAAAAUUAAUUCAACCAAAAGGUAAGGGUGCUGCUGGUUCAUUCAAAUUGUCAGCAGCUGCCUCCAAAGAGCCAAAAGAAAAGAAGAAACCCGCCGCUGAAAAGAAAAAGGUAGCUGCUGCUAGUGAAAAAAAGAAGAAAACAGCAGUCGCUACUAAAAAGAAACUCGCUGCUGCGCCUGCAAAGAAACCAUCUGCAGCCAAAAAGACUGCUGAAAAGAAAAAUACAGAAAAAUCCAAGGCAAAAACUGCUAAAAAGACAGGUACAGUUAAAGCAAAACCCGCCAAAAAGGCACCAGCAACUAAAACAAAAGCGCCCAAAGCAAAAACCGCAGCUGCAGCCAAACCCAAAAAAGCAACAUCGCCAGCAAAGAAACCAGCUGCCAAAAAGGCCGCAGUCAAAAAGUAAAUCUAAUUUAUUUUUAAUAUUGCAAAAAGUACUAUUAUCUAAAACAGCCCUUUUCAGGGCUACAAA